AUGUCCUUCUACGUCGUAUCAAACCAGAUGAUAGAACAUGGGAAGCCAUUCGGCCAACAUCGUCGUGCCACCGUCUACAACGGGAACCCUCGAUAUGAUGAGAUAAUAUCAGAAGAGGCUUCCGGGCGAAACAUCAAACGACUGGCAAGCACGCAUGAAGCCCGUGGGGAGGUUUUAGUGAUGGGUAAGACCUAUGCCUUGAUUACAGAAUAG